AUGAAAUCCCUUCCCGGAGACGUCCUAAUCGACAUCCUCACCCGGCUGCCGGUAAAAUCCAUCCUCCGGUUCAAAUCCGUCUCCAAACACUGGUCCGCCCUCCCGACGACGCCUCAAUUCGUCGCCGCACACCUCCGCCGGUCUUCCGCCGACAACCCUCUCCUCAUCGUCCACCACGGCUUCACUCUGGGCAACCUCAAACUCUCCGUGUACGACGCCGAACUGGCAACCACCCUCCAUCCCGAUUUGAAGUUUCCUGUGGAAAGUUUCAACGAGUUCUCACCGUCGGUCGUCGGGUCGUGCAACGGUUUGGUCUGUAUCGAGUUCGACACCACCGGGUUCGUGCUGUGGAACCCGGCGAUGAGGCAGCACGCGUGGCUGCCGGUGGUGGAUCUUCGGUCUCCGUUCAGAUCGAGGGAGACGAGAUUUGUGGCUAUUUGUGAGAGUUUUGGGUUUGGGUUCAGUGGCCGUGUCGAGGAUUACAAGGUGAUCUGGGAGAACUUGGAAGUGAAGGCUGUGGUGUUCUCGUGGAAGUCUUGGUCAUGGAACGAAUUGCGAGAUGCCCGGAUCCCAGCCGCCUCUUACGGCCACCAAGUUGCUGCAAACGGCCAUUUGUACUGGCUCGGCACCGGCAAAGGGAAAAAGGACUUCGUGAUCGCAUUCGAUCUCGCUAGUGAUUCGUUUUGGACAAUAGACUUGCCCGAUCAUCUUCCCCACACACCGCCAACAUCUGUCGCAUCCGACAUUGAUACGAGAAUGGCAGUGUUCAGAAGUUGCCUGACCAGGCAUCAGACCUUGUACGAUGGAGAUGAACUGGAUGUGGUGGUGAUUGGUGAAAAUGGGGAAGACAUGAAGGGGACGACGUUGUGGGAGUUUAUCUGCCGCCAUGGUUGGUUUGAUGGGAAGAAUGAAGCUGAGCAUUAUUACAGAGGGCAUUGGAAUGGGGUUCAAGUUAUGAGACGGCGAGGGAGGAACAUGGAUGAUCUCUACUUGUUCAAUCCGGAGAGCGGAGCGAUUCGUCGGUUUGAUGAUCUUAUGGUUCGUGUGUACGAUGUUUGCAGUUUUGUGCACAGUCUUGUUCCGGUUCGUGGAACGAACAUCAUUGUCGAACCAUGA